ACCGAGAUGCCUUGUGGGUUGGUCACGUGACAUUGAUGUCUCGUUCGUCCCGCCAGAAAAUGUGGCUGCCAAAUCGGAGGAAAAGUGAGAAAAUGGCGAAAAGCGACCUGUAAACGAGUGGAAAUUUCAUCCAAUUGUUGUCAUCAGCAAGGGGCAGUGUGAAUGCGUGCAUUUAGCUGCAAAAAUGAAGCGAGGAAGAGGAAGACCACCUAAAACUCCAACAUUCAGCUCAAAGAUAUUAAAUAGCGGUCGUCGCGGAAGCCAUCAUGGCGGCCCAUCUAGUCCUCGAGUUAGUUCCCCACAAGGGGUCAAAACACGCGAUUCUAACCGUUCUAUACAGAGAAAAAACUAUUUUGAAGGAAUUCAGUUCAGUGAAAGUGAUUCUGAUUCUGACUCGAGCUAUGAAUCGUCCGUUUCAAGCGUACCAAGUUAUAAAUCUCCUCAUCGACUUCGGGUUAUACCUAUGAGGAGCGUGACCCCGCUGAAACUUCCACCAUCUUCGGAUGAUAUUAUACUACCACCUGAACAUGUCCUCCAAGCUCUUAGCAUCUACGAGGUGUUAAGGCAGUUUGGAAGGAUACUCCGACUCUCACCCUUUCGAUACGAAGAUUUUUGUGCGGCGAUUGAUAGCGCAGAGCAAUCAGUUUUGUUGUCACAAAUUCACAUGGCAUUGUUCAGGGCACUUCUUCUCGAAGAUGARACAAAUGGUUAUACAUUUGCAGCAAGCGACGAGAAAGACAGUCUGAAUAUCUUUCUUCACGAAGUCGAUUGUUUUACCUGGCCGGAACACAUUCGAAGCUAUUUCUUUUCAGAUAAAUCGGAAUUCGGUGAUCUUUUCGAUUUAGUAUGUGGUCGUGAUCAUAACAAUCCGUUCCCAUUCGUGUCGAUCGAAGAUCGCUUGAAAGCCCUUAAAAGACUUUGCGACCUGUUUUUAGCGUCGAAUACUGUUCGCGAAGUGAUCAUAAAYGAAGGGAUAACAGAAUCAGAAGAUCACUGCCGAAGUUGUUGCAAGAUGGGCGACCUCUUAUGCUGUGAGAAUUGCCCUGCCGUCUACCAUCUUCACUGCCUGAAACCGCCGCUCGAAAUAGUUCCCGAAGGCGAUUGGCUAUGCCCUAUAUGCGACGAACAUCGACUCAAGGGGGUGACUGAGUGUCAURCAGACUGGACUAAGGAUGGGUGGCUGAGACACACACCUAUUGGGACUGAUAGAGAGGGAAGAAAAUAUUGGUUUUUGUCAAGACGUCUGUUUGUGGAAAGUGAAGAUGAAACAGUUCGUUACUAUAGCAGCAAGACRCACUUUGAUGAGCUUAUCGAGUAUUUAGAGGUUGAUGGACAGGAACGCCGACUACUGUCUGCCCUUAAAACAAAGUAUACCACUAUAGUCAAGCAUAUGGCAAUUACUAUGUCACUCGUAGAGGCAUCCAGAGGCAAUAUGACAUCUGGUCUCCUGCCAAGAAGGAAAGAUGUAGAAGAAAAGAAAAGCAGUAAGGCUGUAGCAGAUCAAGAAACAGUUAAAGAGGAAGAAACCAGUCCUAAAGUAAGUCUUACUUUUGUUCCUGACACUGCUGUUGUGAAAAUGGUCACCAAAGGCAAUCAAGAAUCACCAAAUGAAGUGGAAAGUGACAGGAGGUUGAUAGCCAUGAAACAGCAUGAAGAAAUAAAAGAAGRUGAAGCCAACAGUGAAGAGAUGGAGGAAGGYGAGAAUUCAUCUCCAGAUAGUAUUGAUACCAAUAGCAAGACAUUAGGAAAGMARCUGGAUAUYGAUGGAAAUGAGUCUGUYAAAAGGGAAGCCAUUGAUUUAUCUUGUGCAAGUGAUGUUCAGAUGGAUAGUGAGUCUCCAGAACAAAUCAAAACAGAAACAAAUUCUUCACAAAAAUCUGAAGAGAACACUACAGACAAGAUAAGUGACAUUAUUAGUGAUGAUACUUCUUUUGAUAAAUCAGUUUUACUUAACAAGCAACCUGACAAUGUUGAUUCACCUAUAAACGCUACUACUUCUAGUGGUUCUUCUGCYGUCUCUUUGMAUUCAGUUAGAAAAGUCAUUGAUUUUGGCUCUAGUGAAAGCUCACAGACUUUGGGAACAGAAACAAAAGAGACAGAWCCUUGUAAAGUUGAUCCAGAAACAAAACAUUUGGUACAAAAUAAUGAUGUUGAACAAAAUAAUAAAAAAGAUAAUGACCCAGAUUUAAUUAAACMAGUCAAACAGGAAUYAGAACCUGAAAAUCCAGAAACAGAACCARUUAAUCAAGGAACAGAAAUGGAAGUGCCAAAAGAUGAAGAAAGUAAGAUGAAAMCUGAAGMAGUCAUUAAGCAAGAAGGUGAUCAAGGACAAGAAGAGGACAAAAAGGAAAUCAAAGAGAAAGAAAACAAACCAACCAUAAAACCAGAAAUGCCAGAACCAAAAGGUCCUUUCUUCAGGCUUGGUAUGGAAGGCAACUUUACUGCUUAUGUGAACCAAUAUGCUACUAACCCAUUAGCUUUAAACAAAAACCAACAUAUGGAGUAUAAAGAAAGGAAAAGGUCUGUAAAUAAUAAAUUCAGUGUUGAACAUGAAUUCAAGAUCAGUGGAGAAAUCUUUGGYCCUAAAGAUGUCAUUUUGAACACUCUACGUUGCUCCAUAGUUAACCUAGAAAACAACAUUCCUGCAGCAUUUAUGCAUCCUAUUUGGCCWCUUCAAAGRUCAACAUGGGUGCGUGCUGUUCAUAUUGCUACUACUCCUGAAGAGUUUGGUGCUGUGUUGAUAUUUCUGGAAAGUCUUAUAAGACCUUUGUGUUUUAUUCCUGUGUGGCGUGAUGCAUUGGGUCAUGUGGAGUUACACAGGGCAAUUGUCGAAACUAAAGCUGARAGAGCUGCCAGGAAAAGAGAGCACAAAGAAGAAGAUGAGGAAGUAGAAGUUCAGCAUCGUGCCCUCGUGAAUUAUUCUUGGGUUCCAAUGCAUCAAAUAUGGAAGCAAAAAGGAGAAGAAUACAGGAUAUUCAAAGGAGGAGGAUGGACGUGGCACAGUGGAAUGUCAGCCAGAAAGCGUAAACACUGCUUUACCAAAGACAGAAGAGAAUUUGAGUGUAAGAAAAGAAGGCUUUGUAAGGUUGUCGACAACUUUAUAAACAAACGAGAAGAAAAGAAAAAAGAAGCAGAGAGAAAAGCUAAGGCUAAGUUGGCAGUGCAAGCCUACAAAGAGAAUAUGAAGUCCACUCAAUCUGUAACACAAGGGAACAUUGUAAAGCAGGUUGUAUCUACUCCAAAGCCCAGUACCACUGCAAACACUGGUGUACAAAUGAACAAAGUGUCACAGUCUAUGGCUACAUCUGCUGCAGUGCAACAAGGACUGUCUGUUGUCAAUGUGCCUGGUGGUAUAAAGUAUUUACUCCAAAGUGGAAGUAGUGCCACACAAUCCUCAAGUCUAACACAGGUCACACAAUCUAUGAGCAUACCUAAAGUCACACCUUCUACAGGUGCAACACAAGGAACACCAUCUGUAGUAGUACCACAAUUGUCAGGUUUGGUGCAGGUCACAAAAUCUUCAAGUGUACCUAAAGUCACACAAUCAGUUGUAGUUCCACAAGUUCCACAAUUGCCUGGUGUGAUGCAGGUCCCACAAUCUUCAAGUGUACCUAAAGUCACACCUUCUGCAGAUGUCACACAAGUCAUGCAAUCCACAGGAGCACCACUAGUUACACCAUUGUCUGGUGUGAUACGGGUCACACAAUCUACAAGCAUGCCUAACGUUGCUCAUUCUGCAGGUGUAACACAACUCACACAGUCUUUAGGUGUACCACAAGUUUCAUCAUUGUCAGGUGUGGUGCGGGUGACAGAAACUACAAGCAUUCCUAAAGUCACACUUUCUGCAGGUGUCACACAAGUCACACAGUCCUUAGGAGCACCACGAGUUACACCGUUGUCAGGUGUGUCCAGCCAAAAUAUUGCUCAAAAAACUAAAGGAACUUUGCUUACUGUCCUGGCAUCACCAACAUCGACAGCAUUGACUCAAAUUCCGCCGCUAUCUGUAACUGUUCCUUCUGCCACCUUAAGACAGAGUACCUCUUCAGUAAAUCAGGCUACACAGCCUUCUGUUAAUGCAGUAUCUUCAAGUCAGAUUAGGAAUUUAUUAACUCAAGCUACAUUACCUGUGACUGUUUCAUCAGAUUCUACUUCGUYAAGUCAGAAUGUGACUUUAAUCACCCAAGCUGCACAUCUACCAUCAAGUCAGAAUAGUAACGUGGKUAGUCAUACUGCACUUCYUUCUUCACMAUCGUCGGYAGCWUCARUUCCUUUAAAGUCGCUGGCUUCUGUUWCUACAGCUGCUAUUCCURCGAGUACGAUAAAUYUAUCUGGACUGCCAAUAACAGCUUCUUCACUCAAGAGUGUUCCUAUCACAUCGUCGGGAGUCGUCAAGGUAGCACAAGGCGUUAUUCAAGACCCUAAAAAUAAUGUCAAUGUUACRUCGUCUKCUCAGGAGAGUYUAGGAAUGACSUUGACCAAAACUCUUAUUAAUACAGCUAUGAAAGCUUCUCAAAAUGUACCCGURGGGAGUGCAGCUAAACAAGUGACMGUGGCAUCAACUCAAAAGAUAGCUCAACCAAAAGUUGUAAAGACAGUGAGUGCAACUCGUCCUCAAGCCAUUGCAGCUAAACCGACUCAACAACUACGUGCAAUAGCUCCACAACCGASAGCACCUCUCAUUCAGGCAGGGCAAACCACUGUUCUUCAGAACUCUCCUCAGACAAGYCAAAUCAACUUCCCCUUGCUGUCGGGAAAUACACUGCAAGGAGGCGUCGUCAAGAUUAGCACUCCGGGUGUAUCMAAUCCUGGGACGCCGGUCAACAACAUCGCUGCAUUGGUAGCCAGUCUUCCUGGAAAUGCUGGCACUCCUGGUCAGCCUCAGUUGAUCCGAUUCGUUACACCAUCCGGAGCAAGUUUUACAGUACAGGGUACAAUACAGCCAGGGCCUCAAGGAAGUGCGGCUGGAUCCACUACAAUUAAUGUCCCUAAGAGACUUCUYGCUAGUUCGUUACCUGCAGUGACGAAGCCAGUGGUCGUUGCACCCAAAACUGUCGCCGCAACUACAAACCGUACCACAGUAACAAUCCCCAGAUCCCAGCAGCCGGUUGUAYCAAAAGUCACCAAGACUGCCUCAACUCCAGAGAAAAAAGAAAAUUAUCCAGUCCUGGAACCUCUCGUAAAAGAUCCACGUAAACUUAUURAYCGCGUGAUGUCUAAGUGGCGGAAUAAUCGAUGUAGUGUUAAAAGUGUGUUUCAGCUCAAGAAGCAUGAAAGAAGAAUUCUUGGGCGUCGUGCUGGGAUGCGKGAAGUCCCUGGGUAUAUGUAUGUGACWCGUGGGUCGGGAAUUAACUGGCCUCCGUCUUUUCCUCGUCCAAGCUUCAAAGUGGCGUGGAGAUACCGGUCACGCAGUCUCAGAACAUUGGCUGGUGCAGGCUUACAGGCGAGAAUACUUCAUGCGUGUUUAAAGUGGGAGGAUAUCAAUAUCAGACCGCCAAGAUCUAAUAGUUCCACUAUUUGCACCGGYACCGGUACAACUAGCAGUGAAGUCAUCAACCAUCGCUAUGUCACACCAGACGGUCUCAAAUGCGAGUAUCUAGUACGAAAAAUAGUGCGUACAAUGCGAAAGCCUGCGCCAGAAAUACCCCGUCCCCCUCCCCCCACAGUCAGUAAAAGAGGACGCACAUUGAGACCGAAGAUCAACUUGCAACCGGACGAUGAAGAUGAAGAUGAGAUCAUUCACACGGGUCCUAGAGUUUUUGAAUCAUGGUGUCCAGAGUCUGAACUUGAACUAUGGGAAGUGCGCCAGUACAAUGARCGCAAAGAAAGAGAGAAAGCGCUUGAACGCGAGAAGAAGUUACAGGAAGAGGCAARUCGUCGAGCUGCUGARCUCCGUGCCGCUGCCAUWCAGCGAAGACAACAAGAACAGCAAGYAAAACAGCAGCAGCAAAUUUUGAAAAAGAAAGUCCAAAACGCAAUUAAAACUCAACAAAAGAAACUCACCAAUGUCUCUCAAGCAACGCCUCGUGCUGGUUACAAACCUAUAACCAUGRMAACCAUGGCGGCAUCGGGUAUCACCAGUGCRCAAGUCAUCAGGCCCGCUACAGUUCCUAGGCAACAAGUACCGCAARUCACAAACUUAGUGACGCAGUACAGGCCURCKUCAUUAAAGCAAACACGUGUUCCUAUUGGUUCACCUGCUACUGGCAUGAUUCGUACUGUUACCCGAGCACAGGUCAAUUAUCGUCCCCUGGCUACUCCAACGGUUAAGUCUGUCAGUAAUAUUCCAUACGUGGCCCGUGGCUUGGGCAUGAAUGCYCCUAAAAUGAAGCAUUCAUCGAAGGAACUCCAACAAGCCAAACAACAGAUUGCUAAAGCAAAAGGGAAGAAGUCUAGCGGUACGGGAGUUGGGCCGUCUGCAAGCAAGAAACAUGUUCCCCUGGAAACCAGGCAGGAACUGAACAGAAUUGGAGUUUGUAGAAAAUUAAUCGAUCAUCUUAUCAGCAAAAUUGAACGAAGCGAAGAACAAGAAAGAAACAAAGAAAGUAAACGUAAAGCCGUCGCUCAAAAACAACAAAGAGCGAAAGCUAACAAACUGGACGGAAUACUUUAUAAGAGAAAAGAAUUGCUUAAGAAAGAGAUAAUUCGCAAGCGUGCCGUCCUUGAGAAGGAACUUACUCUAGAAUUAAGCAAAGAAUCAAAGAAGGAAACACCGACAAAGAAGAGGAAGCGAGAAAGUUCAUUUGGAUCCGUGGGCGACGUAUUACACGAUAAGAAACAGAAGGCAGCAGAGGAAGUUUAUUGCAUCUGCAGAAAGCCAUACGACCCCACCAUGUUUUAUAUCGGAUGUGAUCUGUGUGCAAACUGGUUUCACGGUGAAUGUGUUGGAGUGACACCUGAAAGCGCUGAAGCUAUGGAGCAGUUUACAUGUUCUGAGUGCAGCAAAGCACAGCAAGGUGUAGAAACAGAGGAGCUUUAUUGUUUGUGUAGACAACCUUACGAUGAAGCCAAGUUUUAUAUUGGCUGUGAUACCUGCCAUGACUGGUUUCAUGGUAGCUGUGUUGGAAUCACCGAAGGCGAGGCAGAAAUGUUGGAUUCAUACUUCUGCCCACGAUGCAAAGAAAGCCAGUCAAGCAGAGAUGUGCAACCGCUGAGCAACAAGGACUACGACUCGCUGAAACGCCUCCUGAGGUCUUUACAAAGUCACAAAAUGGCUUGGCCUUUCCUUGAGCCAGUCAGUGCUGACGAUGUGCCAGGAUAUUAUGACAUUAUCAAGGAGCCUAUGGAUCUCUCCAAGGUCGAAGACCGACUUUCUACCAAGCACUACCACACAGUAGAACAGUUUAAUGCUGACAUCACAACAAUGUUUGACAACUGUCGGUUUUUUAACCCGAAAGAAUCGCCAUACUACCGCUGUGCCGAAGUGCUGGAGGGAUUCUUUGUCAAGAAGUUACGCGCAUGGCAGAAGAAGGCUUGAAUCGCGACCUUGUGAUUAAAAAAAAACUACCUUUUAUGUCAUUAUACGCCGAAUUUGUGGUCACUGCCGGUGCUCUAUUUUUUGCAAAUAUCAAUAACAGUAAGUCCAUGAAAAGCAGAGUAAAAGACAGUAAUUUGUAAAAAAAAUUCGAUCCACUGCUGUUUAGUAACAAGUAGUGCUACCUACUGUAUGAAGCUUGCUUCGAAUAUUCUUCGGACGAGCCUUUAGCACAAUGUUCAGUCGCAACUAGCAAUGAAUCAUGGACAUCUGAACCGAGUUUUAUUUGGAAUAUUAGUUAAUCGUAAGAAACGAAAUUUCAGAAGAAAUAUAAGGAUGAAUGACCUAGCAUUUCCGUACAAUUCUUACGUUUUGAAAUCUUCAAGUGCAAAAGAACUCAGUCUGAGGUCGACCUUUCUUCAGCAGUCAUUAACGGUAACGAAAAUGAAACAGCAGAACAGAAAAGUUUUGUUUCACAUAUUUUUGCUAAGAUGAAGACCUUUCCCGAAAAAAAGAAAAAAAAAUAGUUGAAUGAAGUGAGAGUCAAGUGAGCGCUGGCGGUUCUAUUAUAUCGUCUGAAAGUAUUGUCAGUAACGAUGAAUGUGCAAUAUGCACGUUUGAAUGCUUGUAAAGAUCAUGAUGUAGAAAUAGCAUUGGUUUAUUGCAUAUAUAGAAACGUUGUGUACAAAUUAUUGACUUAUAAUAAAUUAUUGGAGCCAUUAA